CCGCGAUCUGUGUGCUCCGGCCUCAUCGAUCCAUCCAUCGAGCUGCCAGUCUGCUCACUGUUUAAAAAGCGGGGCUCCGUUUCUAACUAGCCAGCAACGGUUGAUACGAGUUAGCAGACAGUGUCUCGAAAAAGGUAGGCGGUGACGCAGGCAGAAGCAAUGGAUCGGAGGAGGAUCAGAGUGCUCCUCGUGGAGGACGAGGAGAUCCACAGGGUUGUGGCAAGAGCGGUGCUGAGGGCAGCCGGCGUCGAGGUGGAGGAGGCGGAGAACGGCGCCGAGGCGGUGCGGCGCGUGCGGGAGAGCGGCGCCGGCGGCGGCAGCGGCGCGUACAACCUCAUCUUCACGGACAAACAGAUGCCGGUCAUGGACGGCCACGAGGCGACGAGGCAGAUCCGGGCCAUGGGGGUGGCGACGCCGAUCGUCGCCGUGUCCAGCGACAGCCUCCCGCCGGACGUCCAGGCGUUCAUCACCGCCGGCGCCAACGACUUCACCCCCAAGCCGCUGACGAAGGAGAAGCUGGGCCACAUUCUCGCGAAGUUCGGGCUUGCAUAACGGCCAUUAGCUAGUACACUACUCCACUUAGCUUG